AGGAUAUAUACAGACAUGCUGUCUCGGCUUGCGCCUAGAAUAGCGGUGGGCCGGCCGGCGCUGGCCGCGCUGCGUGCCGCGUCCACGUCGGCGCCGGCCGCCAAGCCGGCCGAGGCGGGCGCCAUCAAGGAGGGCCCCGAGCGCGACCUGGUCAACUUCCCGCGCCGCGUGCGGCCCGAGCUGCCCGACCGGGUGCGGCUCGGCUUCAUCCCAGAGGAGUGGUUCCAGGCCUUCUACAAGAAGACCGGCGUCACUGGUCCUUACAUGUUCGGCACGGGUUUCCUAACUUUCCUCUUCAGCAAAGAGAUCUAUGUGAUGGAGCACGAGUUUUACACGGCCAUCACACUCUUCCUGUUCGGUGCCCUGCUGGUCAAGAAAGUGGGGCCCGGACUGUCCGAGUACCUGGACAAGAGGAUUGACGAAUACGAGGACGGGUGGCGCGAGUACCGCGCCAACCAGACGGACGGUCUGGUGGCCGCCAUUGAGGAGGAGAAGAAGCAGCAGUGGCACGCUGAGGGCCAGAUGGUGCUCUUCGAGGCCAAGAAGGAGAACGUGGCGCUGCAGCUGGAGGCUGCCUUCCGGGAGCGCCAGAUGACCGUCUACAACGAGGUGAAGCGGCGGCUCGACUACCAGGUGGACACGCAGAACGUGGCGCAAGGCUUCCAGCAGAAGCACCUGGUGGGCUGGGUGGUGGAUCAGGUGAAGAAGUCGAUCACGCCGCAGCAGGAACAGGACGCCAUCAAGCAGUGUCUGGCCGAGCUCAAGGGGCUGGCGGCGAAGGCGUGAGAGCGGCGCUAGUGGAUAUAUGCGUACAUGCAGUGGCCCGUGAGAGAAUGCACGCCAAUAUACGGGAAUUGUGAUGGA